AUGCCGAUCGAAGUUGUACCGUUGGGGGCUGGCAUGCAUAUGGGUUAUCAGGAUAGACGACGGUUCCCUGACUUCAGUUACAUUUCAAAAACUGGAAACUUCACAGAUAUUCUCGAUUGUGUAAUUAUUUCUCACUUUCAUUUGGACCAUUGUGGAGCGCUUCCUUUUUUCACUGAAAUGUGUGGAUAUGACGGCCCUAUUUAUAUGACCCACCCCACUAAAGCUAUUUGUCCAAUUUUACUGGAAGAUUAUCGUAAAAUCACUGUAGAGAGAAAAGGAGAGAGUAACUUUUUCACAUCAGCAAUGAUCAAAAAUUGUAUGAAGAAAGUAACACCUAUCAAUCUCCAUCAAACCGUCAAGCUCGGCAAUGAUAUGGAGAUAAAAGUUUAUUAUGCAGGUCAUGUGUUGGGGGCAGCUAUGAUUUAUGUACGUGUUGGACAAGAGUCUGUAGUUUAUACGGGCGAUUAUAAUAUGACACCAGAUCGACAUUUGGGCAGUGCAUGGAUUGAUAAAGUGCGGCCAGAUGUUUUAAUCACUGAAAGUACUUAUGCCACGACAAUUCGAGACUCAAAGCGCUCUCGUGAACGUGACUUUUUGACCAAAGUGCAUGAUUGUAUUUCAAAUGGUGGCAAUGUGCUUAUUCCUGUAUUUGCUUUGGGAAGAGCACAAGAGUUGUGUAUUUUGGUCGAAUCUUACUGGGAGAGAAUGGGAUUGGAUGUACCGGUAUACUUCUCUACAGGCUUGACGGAAAGGGCGACUGAGUAUUAUAAAUUGUUCAUCAAUUGGACAAAUCAGAAAAUUAAGUCGACCUUUGCGCAAAGAAAUGCAUUUGAUUUCAAACAUAUCAAAACCUGGGACAAAGCCUAUUUAGAAUUGCCAGGCCCGAUGGUUUUGUUUGCUACACCUGGCAUGCUUAAUGCAGGUACUUCGUUACAAGCCUUUCAAAAAUGGGCACCGGAUCCAAAGAAUAUGGUCAUCAUGCCUGGAUAUUGUGUGACGGGUACAGUGGGAGCAAAAGUCUUAUUGGGGCAGAAGUUGAUCGAAGUUGAUAAGUUCACAAAAAUCCAAGUCAAUUUGCAAGUGAAGAAUUUAUCAUUCAGUGCGCAUGCAGAUGCUAAGGGUAUUAUGCAAUUGAUUCGUAUGUGCGAGCCCAGGAAUGUUGUUCUUGUGCAUGGAGAAAAAGGUAAAAUGGAAUUUUUAAGGAGCAACAUUAUGAAAGAAUUCGGUAUACCGUGCUAUAUGCCAGCAAACGGUUGUAGUAUCAAGAUGGAGACAACAAAAGCCCUCGAUGCUAGAAUUAGUACAGACCUGUUGAAAGCGAUAUUUCAGUCGGCAACAUCUCGAGUGCCAUACAAUCACGCCAAUACUGAUCAUGAACAUACAAUAUCUCAUCAACCAAUUACAUCUGUUCCCAUCAAUGCUACCUUAUUAAUGCAUUUUGACAAUAAUAAUAAUAAUGCCAUAGAACGCUCGACAGCUCCCACAAUAGACAUUGUACAGUCAUCCGAAAUCACUGACGAUAAGUACUUGUCAAAGCAACGAAAACAAUUGUAUUUUCAAGUGGAGAAAUCUUUCGAAGUAUCGUCAUUGUUGUCAGAUAUGGCACAUACCAAUACAACUGUAGACGAUGUACAGAAGAGGAUGCUGGAUUUAUUGCAAGUAGCCCUAGUGAAAACUGUAGGAAGGAAGUGUUCGAUCGAACGACGAACAACAAGUAUUGUAAUCCGCAGUGUAACUUUGUGGUUAUUGAAUUCUCAGUCUAUGUGCAUUAAGUGGAGCUUUGAAGAUGAAGAUCUGGCCAGUUUCAUUUUAGGAGCAGUAAAUACAGUCUUAUAUAAUGAUCAACAGCAACAGCAACAACAACAGCAACAAAAUAUGGUGGUAACAUAG